GAUCAGAAUUUCGCCCGUGGUGGAGGCGGGUUAGAAGAUUCUGGAAGAGACUCUGUGAGCUGAGGUGUGCUCUGAACUUGUGAGCAUUCAACAUAUUGUCUCCAUACAAGGUUGCCCAUUAGAGACAAACAUGGUUAAGGAAACAGGAUUCUAUGACACAUUGGGGGUAAAACCUAAUGCUACUCCUGAUGAACUGAAAAGGGCCUACCGCAAACUAGCGCUGAAAUAUCAUCCUGACAAAAAUCCUACAGAAGGAGAGAAGUUCAAGCAGAUCUCACAGGCAUACGAGGUGUUGUCAGAUGCCAAGAAGAGAGAGCUAUACGACCGUGGAGGUGAAAAAGCUAUAAAGGAAGGAGGCACCGGUGGUGGUGGUGGAGGGAGCUUUGCAUCGCCCAUGGACAUCUUUGACUUGUUUUUUGGUGGCGGCAGUCGGAUGCACAGAGAGCGAAAAGGAAAAAACAUUGUUCAUCAGAUUUCAGUGACGCUGGAAGAUCUUUAUAAUGGAGCUACAAGAAAACUUGCUCUCCAGAAGAAUACUAUUUGUGAGAGAUGUGAAGGUCGUGGGAGUCGAAAAGGAGCUGCACAGAUGUGCAUGACCUGCCAUGGCACAGGCAUGCAAGUCCGCAUGCAUCAACUAAUACCAGGUAUGGUCCAGCAAGUGUCCACAGUAUGCCACAGCUGUCAGGGCCAAGGACAGAGAAUCAGCCACAAGGACCGCUGCAAAGCAUGUGGGGGUCGAAAGAUCCUGCGCCAGAAGAAGAUCUUGGAGGUCCACAUUGACAAAGGAAUGAGAGAUGGCCAGAAGAUCGUUUUCCAUGGAGAGGGAGACCAGGAGCCAGGAAUUGAGCCAGGCGAUAUAAUCAUUGUCUUGGACCAGCGAGAACAUCCACAUUUCACCAGGAGAGGAGAGGACCUGGUCAUGUCGAUGCAGUUACAGCUGGUUGAGGCUUUGUGUGGUUUCAAGAAGCCAGUUCAGACACUGGACAACAGAACAAUCCUCAUCACCUCACAUCCAGGGGAAUUGAUCAAGCCUGGAGACACGAAGUGCGUCUUGAAUGAAGGGAUGCCCAUGCAUCGCAGGCCGUUUGAGAAGGGACGUCUUAUUAUUCACUUCUCGGUGGUGUUCCCACAAGCCAACUUUCUCCCCAAGGACAAGCUGAAGGAGCUGGAGCACUACCUCCCAGAAAAGAGAGACGCAGAGCAGCCAGACAGUAUGGACGAUGACCUCUACAUCUACGCCGACCUGGAGGACUGUGACUUGGAGAACAGAAAAAGACACAGCCAUCAGUACCACUACAUGGAUGAAGACGACUACGCUAGCACUGGAGGUGUGCAGUGCCAGACGUCUUAAAUAACAACUGGCCCCGUCUUAUUCCAGAAGCCUAUUCCCUCAUCUCUAAAGCAAAGCACCUUUCUGGAAUUUUGUGCACUUUUUAUUUAAUUACUUUUCUUAAAAUCGUAACCGUUUUCUUUCAAGCCAAAUCAUAAUACUGUGUCCCAACAACCUCCCGAUUUAGUGUAAUACUUUUUGGACAGAGUAGAGUACCUUCAAAUUUCAGGACUAAACUUGGAUGUGGGUGAAUGGGAUUUCUCGUCAUCUCUGGGACUUUAUUUCAAAUAUUCAUUUAUUUUUCCAAUCGCACUGUGAUUAGAGGCACGAGGGCUGUUAUUACAUAGGUUUCAGGAGAAAGAAAAACUUCUUUGUCUAAACAAAGACUGCCUGCUUUUUAUGCAGUUACACUAAAACUGAUGCCAAUAUUAAUAUGAAAAUAAUCUUCUUUUUUGUUUUUUUUAAGUGUUACUAAAUCAGAUGUUGUGAACCACUUGUUGAUUACUUGUUAAGUCUGUUGCGUGUGAAGACCCAAUCUUCAGAUGGUGGUGGAGAGGGAUAUGCACCCAGACUCGAUUGAAAACAUUUAUGCUGUUUUACCCUUUCAAGGGCUAUUUUUCUAGACAUUUCUAAACAAUCUUGAAAAGAUGACUCAAGUUGGGAGUAAAGGUGAUAAUGACUCAGACUUGGCGGUAUGUAGGUUCAAGCCACUAAAUUAUAGAUUACUCAAGCUAAUUUAGUUUAAUAUUUUUUGAGCUGCAAUCAGUCGUCUGUGGUGAUGCCCACACAUUUGUUUUUGUUUUGGAAACCUUGUGUGGUAUGUGGAACAUCCCAUGUGUACAAGUUUGAUAUGAGCCAAUAUGUCUCCCGUUAAUGGCAGGGUAGGUAUUCAAAAAACAAAAGGUCAAAGACGAAUAAGAAGUCACUUUGUUUUAACACAUUCUUUUUAACAGUGCAGGGAAGGUUUCAGAUUUCAUGUUCCAGAUUUGAUGUGCGUUGUUGGGGUUUUACUUGGAUAAGUUAUCAAGAUACCUUUAUUUCAGUUAUGUGAUUUUAAAAAAUCAUUUGAAGAUAAAGUCCGUUAUUUCUAUGGUCAUAAGGCCUAAAUCUGGAAUUUAAAUUGCAAGUUUUAAUCAAAGUAGCAAGAUAAACUCGUUUAUGUUUUUUUGCUAAUGUUGGCCCACACGCUAUAAAAUGUAUUUUUUUGUUGUUUUUUUUGUAUUUCUAGUCCUAAUUGUAAAUGCCAAAUGGGUUGGUGGGAGGUUAUGGAGGGCACAUCUGAUACCUCAUUGUUGUGUCUGCCUGUUUGAAAGCCUUAUCAUAACUUAACUUGAAGCUACUUUUUAAUGCAGGUUUUCUUUUUUUCUUUUUUGCCUUGGAUAUUGUAACUAUUCUCACCAGAAGGGAGAAUCUUUUUUCAAUUGUUUCACAUUUGUUCUUGAAGCAGAUGCAAAUUUUAUGAGUACUCACAAUGUCAGGGGAACUCAACUCAAGUUAAACUCAAAUAAGUGUUGUCAAGUUGUUAAUUUGACUGUAUGUGUUAGGACCAAUGAUCUUGUUUAUGCUCAUGUUUUCUAAAUAAAUGCAGUGUGACAGUCUCAAA